AUGUCAUCAACACCGAAAUCGGGAAAAUAUGCCCAAGAAAACGAAACCUCAACCCCUUCGCCUCUGGCGGGUCCAGGUCCCGGAGGACACAAGGCCUCGUUCAAGAGCACCAACAAGCUCGCGAGGCGAGCCAGAUCCUUUAAGGACGACUUCUUCGGCAAGAUAUCCCAAAUGAGGAGCCCGGCCGGCGGUAAUCAAGGCGUGACUUUGAGGUCUCAAAGCCCCAAAGGCACUCCGAAACAGGUAGAGAUCGAUACCCCUCCCAGAUUCAUACACAACAAGAGACCCGAGCAAGAACUAGAAGAUCUGGGAAAACAGAUCCAGGUUGCUCUCAAGCACUUUAGAGAUGUGGUGUCUAAACAAAAACUGGAAAUGCUUCCUGGUAAUGGAACGAUAGUUCUGGAUACUGUAUGGUUGAUUAAUUUAGCUGUAAAAUCAUCGGUUGAAGCUACAAAUUCCAUUACAUCGGCCACGUUUCGCAUGUAUCAAAGCGUCGCCCGUUUGAUUAAACUUUGCGACGAUGUACUUAUUGAUGAUAAAAGCUCGGAACUGAACCAAGAAAACGUCAACGAAAUCGUCCAGCAAGUGGAAGAUGCCGUGAAGGAUUUGAUAACAUUGGUGCUGGACAAAGUAUCACACCAACAAGUAUCGUACAAAACAACGCCGAGAUCCUCGUAUUGCAAUAGCCUAGAAAUGUCAGCACAACGAAACUCUCUUCCAGACAUUCCAUUAACGCCCAGAGAACGGGAACAAAUCGAACAAAACGCCCUGAGUAAAAACAACGGUCGGAAUAGCCAUAGUACUGAAUCGAUUCUGAGGGAACCUAGUCCGCCACCUAAACCUCCCUUACCGGAAUUCUUCCGCAAAUCCGAAGCGGCAACCCCACCGCCUCUUCCACCCAAAAAGAAGCACCUCAAGAUGCAACAGCUGAUGGACGAAUGCGCCUACGUCGACCAUUCGCCCUCUUCAAACAGCUUCGAAAGGAUCUCCUUGCGCUCCAAAUCGCCCGAAGAUUCCAUCUCUAUACUAUCGGAGAGCGCCGGAAGCAUCGACUCCAUGCUGAACCAUUCCUCGAGAGAGGAGGACGAAAUUAAAGAUAUCAUGGAUCGCGACGAUAUGUUCUUCGAGAAUCACUCAUCGGACAUAUUCGGUGCUAACGGUUCAACUUCUUGGGAGGAAUCCUCGUUGAGUUCGAGUCUGUCUAAUCACAACGGCGAUCACCUGACGUUCGUGAACGAUUACCAUCGAUUAUCGAACACCGAUUCCGGCAUAAUGUCGAUACGAUCGUCCAGCUACUCCAGAAGUUCGCAAAUGAGCUCCAACAGCGUGCAAUACACUCAGCUGUCCAAGCAAAAUAAGGCCUGCAAGGCCGAGAGUAGCGUGCAGAAGAGUACCAAAAUUUUGGAGAGUCAGGUGGUCAGUACAAAGCAGUCCCUCAGCUCUACCAGUAGUUCAGUACUAAGCGUGAGCAACAGCACGAGCAAAGACGUUUUAGAUUUCGCGGAUGCCGAUUUGCCGCCCGCCCUGCCCCAAAAGACUAAGAAAAAGACUGAAAGACAUCCAUCUCCUUAUGAUAACGUGCCAGACGAAAAAAUGGGCGAAUUAGUGAUAACUUGCGAAAGACAUCAGUCCCACCAGAGUUUACCGAACAGCAUUAGCAUUACCAGUAACUGGGAUCCAGAUUCUAAACCGCCGCCGUUGCCUCCGAAAAAGAAACAUAUGUUCCAAUCUGUGGCUUACUCGGUUAUGGCUUACAUGGAAAUGUUCGGAAACUGUUCCCACACGAACGACCAGGAAUUCAUGCGUCAUUCGGUGCACAUGGUGCAGUACUCGCAGCCGGUAAAUUCGGGAGGUUUGCCCACCACUCAAUCGUGCACUUUUAGUCACUCGAGCGCGACGAGUCGUACGUCCCACAGCCACGUACAAACGCUCAGUCUACCAGCCAGAGCCGAUGAUAGAUCACCAUCGCCUCAGUACUCGCCGAAUUCCCUGGUAUCCUCCAACGCGAUGACGGCCGCCCUGCCGCCGGCCCUGCCGCCGAAGCAGCGCCGCCGCCACUCCGCCAGGUCGCCGCCGCCGACGCCGACGUCGGCGUCGAACUCGGAGCCGAAGACGUCGUCGUCGACGAGCAAAGUGCUGCCCGAUCUGCUCGAGCACACGGCCAAGAGCGAGAAAUCGUCGGAGAGCAGCACGCCCUCCAGCGAAGACGAUCUCACGGAGAUGCUGAACGUCGAUCAGUACUUGAUAUGGAAGAAGGCCGACGAAGAGGGGCCCGAUAUCCGCGGAGGGCCCAUCGACGCUUUGAUCAUCCAGGCGACGAAGGCCACCAAGAACGGAGUGUUUAUAUAUCAAGAGGCAUUCUUGACCACUUACCGCACGUUCAUAUCGCCCAACGAAUUAAUCACUAAGCUCAUCAGGAGAUACAAUCAUUUCUACUAUCAACCGGAUAAGAAGCCUCGAUCUAGGGAAGCCUUCGCAUUGAUUGUUCGAGUAGUCAGCGAUUUAACUACGUUGGAUUUAGGCGAGGAACUCCAACACAAACUAAUGAACUUCGUACAGCAGUUGAUCUCCUGCGGGGAAUUGACCCUAGCCAAGGCUCUCAGGGUGAAGCACCUUCAACGGCACGAAGCCAAGCAGCAGUACAUGAAGUUCACGAACGUGGUGACGUCGCUGUCGUUGCACAAUCGAAACUCCACGUUGUUGGAUUUCAAAUCGGAGCAAAUCGCCGAGCAGAUGACUCUGCUGGACGCGGAUCUUUUCAUGAAAAUCGAAAUUCCGGAGGUGCUGAUUUGGGCGCAGGAGCAAAACGAGGAACGGAGCCCAAAUCUGACCAGAUUUACCGAGCAUUUUAACAAAAUGUCUUAUUGGGCGAGAACUAAAAUCCUGACGGCCGAAGGCAAAGACACGAGGGAAAAGUAUUUCGCGAAGUUCAUCAAAAUCAUGAAGCAUUUGAGAAAAAUCAACAAUUUCAAUUCGUACUUGGCGCUGCUGUCCGCCUUGGACUCGGCGCCGGUGCGGAGAUUGGAGUGGCAGAAGCAGGUGCAAGAAGGUUUGAAGGAGUACUGCGCUCUCAUCGACAGCUCCUCCAGCUUUAGGGCUUACAGGAUGGCUUUAGCUGAAACGCAGCCGCCUUGUAUACCUUAUAUCGGGUUGGUUUUGCAAGAUUUGACGUUCGUUCAUAUCGGUAACAGCAAUCUUUUGCCGGACGGUUCGAUAAAUUUUUCCAAAAGGUGGCAACAAUUUAACAUCGUGGAGAACAUGAAGAAGUUCAAAAAAUCGACGUACACGUUUAAAAAACAGGAAAAAAUCAUCACGUUUUUUCAAAACUUCGACGAUUUCAUUGGCGAAGAUGCCAUGUGGAAACUGUCGGAGACUAUUAAACCCCGCGGUAAAAAAGCACAUCACUGA